AUGACUUCACACGAGCGUCCACAUAUCAUAUUUGGCACUGCAGCCUUUGGAACUGGAUCACCUCUGGCCAAGAUUCAAGAUGAGGCAACUGCAGCUCCGAUUAUUGCCACACUCCAAGCUAGAAACGUGACCGAUGUGGACACGGCUCGCGCAUAUCCCGUGGGUUCUCCAGGGGCCGCCGAAAGACUCCUCGGCGACUUAGGGGUUCCUACCUGGGCCAACCUCUCGACCAAGGUCACCUCCUGGGUGCCUGGUUCCCACACUGCGGAACGAAUUCAGAAAAGCGUGGCGGAGUCACUCGAAGCAUUGAAGACGGACAAGGUGGACAUCAUGUACCUACAUUCCCCGGACCGCCACACUCCGUUCGAGGAGACAUGCAGAGCCAUGGAUGCUGAAUACCGAAAAGGAAAGUUUGCCCGCUUUGGCAUCAGUAACUACACGGCAGACGAAGUGGAGCAGAUCGUAACGAUUUGCGAGAAGCACGGUUUUGUCAAGCCUAGUGUGUAUCAAGGCCGAUACAAUCCUGUCAUCCGAUCUGGGGAAACGCAGUUGUUUCCUCUCCUCAGGCGCCAUGGGAUUAGCUUCUAUGCAUAUAGUCCAGCUGCAGUAGGCUUAUUCACAGGAAGGCUCUCGCAGGACCCGAGCCAACUCGCUGGAUCAAGAUGGGAUCACAGUACUCCCUCGGGAAAGAUUUAUCAUGACGCUUAUUACAAACCAGCAGUAAUUGCAGCAGCUCAGACCGUAGCAGAUGCAGGUGCAGCAGCUGGAGUAAGCGGACAUGAACUGGCGUUGCGAUGGACCAUCUACCACUCGGCACUAAGCCGCGAACAUGGAGAUGCCGUGCUUAUCGGCGCGUCGAGCUUAUCACAGUUGAUCCAAAACUUGGAUGCCGUUGACGCGGGCCCCUUGGAUGAAGAACUAGCUCAGUUGGUCAGCAAUGUGGGGGAUCUUGUAGAGGACGAGGCAGCUGCAUACCACGUUUAA